CAGACCUGCAGGACUGUAAGCAGAAGGUUGUGUAGGAAAAGUGGCUGAGGAGGACCUGGGGCUGGAAGAGCAGCAGGUGCUGCAGGGAGGUGUGAGGGGUGGUGCAGCUGAGCUGGGGAGCCCAGUGUCAGGAGACCGGGCAGCGAGAAGUGCAAGAAGACAAGAGGGAGUCUCUGAGGCUGGCACUGAGAGGAACUCUGCUUUCAUCUGCAUGAGCACUGCGGGAACCAGACCUGCUCUCUGCUGCUGCCUUCCCUCCUUCCAGCCAUCCACCCCUGCCAGCCAGCAUCUGCUCCAUCCCUGUGCCGGGGAGCAGUGGGACCAAGGAGGGUGCCUGAGAAACGCAGCAGUCGCUCAGCAACUCCCUGUCCCCCGAGGCAGACAGCCUAAGCAGUCUGCACCAGCCUCCUGGACUGCUCUUCUCUGCACAGCUGGACAUCCUCCCACCCUCACUUUUUCUGGAUUUCCCCUGCUCAGCCUGCAGAUCUCCUGCUUUGAGCCUCCAAACCCGCCAUCUAAGAGGGUUGUGCGGGGUGCGCCGACCCGCUGCAGCAGGAUGGUGCAGGACAAAGGCCGAGCUGGAGGGACAUGGCAUCAGGCUAUCGAUCACUGAGGAGACCUUGAGCUGGACACCCUGAUGGAGGCCGAGGAACAGGAGGAAGACUCCAGCUCCCUCUCAAACGACAAAUCAGAGACUAACUCACGUCGCUGCCUCCGCUACCUGCCCCUUGGGAUAGCCUUUCUUGUGCUGGCUGGAGCUGCUGCAGCAACCUGGUAUUUCCUAGACUACAGACCAUGGCACCUGGAGCCAUCCAUCCUGCAGUUUUACUGUGGCAGCCUGCAGGUCCUGAACCGCCGGUACUCCCCGGACCUGGGGCACGUGGAGUCCAGAGCCUUCUGGGUGGAGUCAGCCAAGCUCCAGAGCAUGCUGAAGGAGCUGAUUCAUGCCACAGAGCUGGGUCGGUACUACAACUCCAGCACGGUGUAUGCCUUUGGGGAGGGAGCUCUGACCUUCUUCUUCUGGUUCACCCUCCAAAUCCCUGAGAGUCAGCAGAAGGAGGCAACUGCUGAGAGGGUAAACACGGUGCUGCACCAGGAGCUCUCCACCAGCUUCAACAGCUCGGGCAGCCUGUCCUACCAGAGAGAGUACAGGGUCAACCCAGACUCUCUGGUUCUCCUGGAAUCCACUGUGAAAGACAUAGUAGUGCUGAAAUCCACUUUGGGUUGCUACAGGUACAGCUACGUCCAGGAGGAUGACAUCCUAAGGCUGGAGGGCCCUGACUACCUGGCCUCCAGCUGUCUCUGGCACCUGCAUGGCCUCAAGGGCUACAUGAUCAAGCUGAGGCUGGAGUGGACUCUGCCUGACUGCAGGGACCGCCUGGCCAUGUACGACGCAGCCGGGCCCCUGGAGAAACACCUCAUCACCUCGAUCUACGGCUGCAGCCGGCAGGAGCCCAUUGUGGAAAUCCUUUCAUCUGGCCCUGUCAUGUCCAUUGUGUGGAAGAAAGCCAUGUACAGCUACUAUGACCCCUUCAUCCUUUCAGCACAGGCAGUGGCCCUUGAAGCUUGUGAGGUGAACAUAACCCUGCAGGAGAGCCUGGAGCUGCAGGGGAAGAUCGGCACCCCACACUACCCCAGCUACUACUCGCCCAACACGCAGUGCACCUGGCACAUGAUGGUCCCAUCCCUCGACUACGGGGUCACCCUCUGGUUUGAUGCCUAUGCACUCAGCAGGCAGAAGCACGACCUGCCCUGCACCCAAGGCCAGUGGAUAAUCCAAAACAGAAGGCUGUGUGGCCUGAGGACCCUGCAAGCCUAUGCUGAGAGGAUCCCAGCCACAUCUUCUGCUGACAUCACCAUCACCUUCACCUCUCAGAUCUCCUUAACUGGCCCUGGUGUACAGGCAGCUUACAGCCUCUACAAGCAGUCUGACCCCUGUCCUGGGGAGUUUCUGUGUUCGGUGAACGGUUUGUGUGUCCCAGCCUGUGAUGGGAUCAAAGAUUGCCCCAAUGGGCUGGAUGAGAGAAACUGUGUGUGCCCUGCAAAGUUCCAGUGCCGUGAGGACAGCACUUGCAUCGAGUUCAGCAGCGUCUGCAACCAGCAGCUGGACUGUGUCAACGGGAGUGAUGAGGAGCACUGCAGUGGAGGAGUCCCCUGUGGUCCCUUCACCUACCGCUGUGGAGAUGGGACCUGUGUGAAGAAACCUAACCCCCUGUGUGACACCACUGCAGACUGCAAGGACCUGUCUGAUGAGAGCCACUGUGACUGUGGGAUGCAAGCCCCUCUCAGCAGGAUUGUGGGUGGUAUGAAUUCUGUGGAAGGGGAAUGGCCAUGGCAGGCCAGCCUGCAAGUUCGGGGGCUCCACAUCUGUGGGGGAACGCUCAUUGCUGACCGCUGGGUGGUCUCAGCCGCACACUGCUUCCAGGAUGAGAGGCUGGCCUCCCCCUCCAUCUGGACCGUUUACUUGGGCAAAUACUUGCAAAAUGCUACUGGCCAUACAGAGGUGUCCUUCAAGGUCAUCCAUCUCUUCCUCCACCCUUACUAUGAGGAGGACAGCCAUGAUUAUGAUGUGGCCCUGCUCCAGCUGGAUCAUCCUGUGAUCAUCUCACCCUUAAUCCAGCCCAUCUGCUUGCCUGCUCCUUCUCACAUCUUUGAGCCUGGCCUUCAUUGCUGGAUCACUGGCUGGGGAGCCCUCAAGGAAGGUGGGCACAUCAGCAAUGUUCUGCAGAAGGUGGAUGUGCAGCUCAUCCAGCAGAACAUCUGCAGUGAGGCUUAUCACUACAUGAUUACUCCCAGGAUGCUGUGUGCUGGGUACUACGAGGGCAAGAAGGAUGCCUGCCAGGGUGAUUCUGGAGGACCACUGGCCUGCAAAGAACCCAGUGGCAGAUGGUUUCUGGCUGGUUUGGUCAGCUGGGGAAUGGGAUGUGCACGUGCAAAUCACUAUGGAGUAUACACCAGGAUCACUCAAGUGCUGGGCUGGAUGAACCAAACCAUGAGCUGAGAAAAGUGCAUCUCUGUCUUCUCCCCAUCACACCUACACUCACAUGGCACUCAUUCCUGAUCUUGCUCACUUGCCUCCCAGAGAGUGUGGGAUGUUGUCAGACCCAGGAUGCUCUUCUGAACAGGGUAAAAAAAGGCUGCUGCAGGGAUUGUAGAGAAAAGCAGGCAGACCCUCUUCCCCAUUAGUGCUUCCCAGGGAGCAUCCCAAGGGGUUUUUAGACUACCCAUCCAAAAGCAGGGAGAAGGGAGGCAGGUGGGGGAGUUGGGGGCAUGACAUGACACACAGCAAUAGUCCCAAGCUGAUGGUUUCUGAGAAGAGGGAUAAGGGGAGUUGAACUUUCCAUGAACCAUGUGAUUCAGCCACAGUCUUAUGCUGGAACAUUUGCUGAAAGAAAAUGUGACUGAUGUAGUUAGAGAUUCCAGUAACUGUGAAAUCAAUCUGCCUCCCUCUUCCUUCCUGCUGCUUAUCCUUCAUCCCCCUUCCCCUCCCAUCACUCCUCCUCUUCCAUCUCCCUAAUUGCUUCUUUUCUUAGCUGGCGUGUGCUGCUCAGUGUGCUGUUCAGCUCAGCCAGGCAACUCUUCACGUCUCACUGACUCCCAGGCAUGAGUCCAGCAUCGCACCCCCAAGCACGUGUCCUGCCUCCCGCUGGAGCAGCACCCAGCCUCCACUGCUGCACUUCCCCCAGUGAAAAUGCCUGAGCAGACUCCCAUCCCUUCCCUCAGCCCUUCUAAAUGCCCUCAACCUCUUCCAUCUCCUAUCUCAGGUAAUCCAGAAGGUGAAGGAGAGGCCUUCAGGGCACAGGGUUUAAACUGCAACUGCUGCGGGUUUGGUUUUUUUAACUAAAUGUGUGUGUGUGUGUGAGCAUGUGUGUCUGUGUGUGUGUACAUAAUUGGCCACUCUCUGGAAUUAGAAAUAAAAUUAAUUUGAGGA